AUGAUUGUUAAUAAAACAGUCAUCACUCUAUGCAUCGCUAUUUUGGGCGUAGCAUGGAUCGAAGCAACAGACGAGAAUAGUAGAAGAGAAGUAGAUGGUUCUGAAUAUCCUUUAACACCUCGACCAGGGCAAUUGCUUAUUUUGGAAAGUCCUUUACUCUAUCUGGAUCCAGUAUCUCAUUCUACUCCUGGGAAAUCAACGACUCCACUGCCAUCAUCUACGACGGAAGAUGAUUUAUCUUAUCAAUUAUCGAAAUCGUUGCAUAGCACAGGAAAUCGUCCCUCUGAAGAAACAGAAUUUAUUGGAGCGACUACCACAGAAGGUGGUAUUGUCAAAGAAGAAUUGUCUUUAGCAACACAGACUGAAGACGAAACCAUUUUGGAGGAGCUUAUGUCAUUAAUUCGGUACGAUGAAGAAAUCACAUCGGAGAAACUUAAACCUUCUAUUGAAUCACUUUUGAACGCACAUAUUAUAAUCGGCUCUAUCAGUUUUGUUCUUCUGCUGAUUAUACUGUUUCUUGUUAUUCGAGAAAAUUACUGCGUACGUAAAACUGCUGAAUUAGAUUACAGUCAAUUUGGUAAACAUCCAAACAUGGUGUAUCAAACUACGAUAGAAGUAGAUAGUCUUUUAGGAAAAUCGGUCGAAUAA